ACCGGCUCCGCUCCGUUCCGCAUCGAUUCCGGCCCCGCUUCGAUCCCGGCACCGGGCUGUGCUCUGGCUCCUGCCGCGACGCUACCGAUACCAGCGCCGGCUCCGCUUUGGUCCUGGCUCCAGUUUCUCUCCGGCUCCGUCCCAGUCCCUGCUAUCCCGAUCCCGCCCCUGCCCCGCUCCGGCCUCGGCCCCGCUCCGCCCGGGAUGGAGGCGCUGCGGGCGGCGGGGCGGGCGGUGCUGCGAAGCCCGCGUCUCGCCCGCACCGGACUGGGGCUGCGCCGGCGCCGCAAGCUUCCAGAGAGCUGGGCUGACAUGCAGGAACCGCUGCUGGAGGGCAUGUGCUUCACACUCAAGUAUCUAGGCAUGACGCUGGUAGAGAAACCCAAAGGAGAAGAGAUGGCUGCUGCCGCCAUCCGCCGGAUUGUGGCCACGGCACGGGUGGGAGCUCGCAAGUUCCAGAAGGUGAUUCUGACGGUGUCUCCGCGGGGAAUCUCACUGCAGGAUGCAGACACGAAGGAGAUGGUUGAGAACAUCUCCAUCUACAGGAUCUCCUACUGCACGACGGACAAGCUGCAGAACAAAGUCUUUGCUUACGUCGCUCAGAGGCAGGAGAGUGGGGCUCUGGAGUGCCAUGCCUUCCUCUCGCCCAAGAAGAAGAUUGCCCAGGCUGUUACUCUGACCGUUGCCCAAGCCUUCCAGAUGGCACUGGAUCUCUGGGAAGCAGCACACGCAGGCUCUAGGCAGGAACAGCCCCUUCACCCUCCAUGUGCCUUGGCAAGCAGUGAGCCCGGCAGACCCAGUGAGCCAACCCCCACGGGGAGCCCUCCCUUCCGACACCAGUUUGGGGAGGAGGAAGAGGAGGAGGAGGAAGAUGAUAACGUUGGUGAAACCUUAUCUGGCAGCAUGGAGGACCUGGGGAUGGGAGCCCACAGCCCUGCAGAGUCAGCACCUCUUGUGCCCAAACCGAGCUCUCCUACUGCCCAGCUACUGUGUUGCCGCUUGGGGCAACCCCCAGAUGGCUGGAAGGAACCCGGAGGGCUUGGAGACCUCCCUGCAGCUGGCCUCAAGACUCUCCAGGGUUAAGCCAAAUCCCUGCCGCCGUGGACCAGCCACUCAGGAUUCACCCUGUGCCUGCCCCUGCCCUGGCACUGCCUGCGGGGCCUGCUGGCACCUCUGCUAUGAAGCGCAGAGACCGCGACUCCUGCUCCUUGUCCUGCUCUACGCCUGCACAAACUGCCUGAAGCUGCCCCCUGCUCCCAGCUUGGGCUGGGAGACCGGUGCUCCGCGCUCUGCCUGCUCCCAGAGCCACCCCACGGAUGCUGAGCCUGCAGGAUGCAGCCAGCAUGCCUGGGACUGACAGUGCUCUCCAUCCCUCACUUGUUUCUCCUGCCUUGCUCCUCAUGGAGGCAACUGAGCAUUGGCCGAGGCUGAGCAACUCCAGAAGAUGGAGGAGGACUUACUCGGCACGCAUGACCAUCAGGGAGCAACAGCUCUUGGCUUGGAGGAGUGAGUGAGGAAGGCUUUGCCUUUGCAGCUCAGCCCCACACCCUCUCCCUAGUGCAACGAGCUGGUUUUUAAAGGAAAGCUCUGCCUUUCUAGGGAA